AUGUCAACGAUCAAAUUUCAUCCUCCAGAUUCUCAAAGCGAAACAGAGUCACUACCAGUUCGAUCAUCCAUCAGCACGCCUAACUACCAAGAAAAAUGCAUAUCGUUAGAAGAAGAGAGUGCGGACAGCCUGCCUGGGUUAUCUCAGACUCGUCACUCAGUGACACGUGCUAUGUCAGAAGGCGAGAAAUUGCAAUCGACAUUGGCCCGCCAUCCUACAGAGGACUGGGAUGCAAAUGAAACGAGCACAGUCAAGAAAGGCGAAAGCAAAGAGGAGAAGAGCAAGCUCGGCGCGCAGGAGAGAGAGGCGCUGGGCGAAUGGAUCAAUGCAUCGAGCAGUCCUUAUGAGGAUGACGACGAAUUAGAAAAGGAAACUACGAAUUGA